AUGGCGUCGUCAAGCUUUGUGGUGCGGUCCGUAUCGCCGUCGGAAGCGCGAACGAUGGCGCGCAUGCAGCACGACGCAUUCAACGAUCCGACCAAUUCCACCCACGACGAAGUGUCCACCUUGCUCUCUGCCGAAGUGGACCCGGAGACGGGGCGGAUGCCAACACGAGAUGAGAUGGAGGACAAGAUGACGGCCUCGCAUGCGGCGUUGUUUGACAAGGAAGGGUAUUGCAUUGUUGGAGCGUACAGCGAAGCGGGGGUUAUGGCGGGAUUCGCCAUCUGGCGCGCCAUUUCGCCGAUCACACCGCCCGAGUCGGUGGAGACGAACAAGACCGAGAAGGAGCAGCCGAGUCUGUUCAAUCGCUUCUUCGCCCAGAUGAACCGGACGAGGGAUGCAACCAUGGAAGGGAAAAGGUACUGGUUUCUGAAGCUGCUCAUAAUCGACCCAAGCUUUCAGCGAAAGGGGCUAGGCAGUAAGCUGGUCAACUGGGGCACGAGCAGGGCGGAUGAGGAAGGUGUGUGCGCCUGGCUGGAGAGCAGCCCUAUGGGCAAAGGUGCUUACCUCAAAGCUGGGUUCCGCGUACUUGGUAUGGACAGGGUCGACGAGCCAAAGGCGCAGAAAGGGUAUGUAGAGUGGCCAUACAUGAUCCAUGAGCCGAAAGGGAAGGAAGCGUAG